GAAACACCAGCAGCCCGUGUCCGCGAUCUGUGGGAGGAUCUAACGGCAGCGCUCUGCUUCUCCACGGCAAGCCACACGGUUGAACACACUGCGCCAAGCCAAAACGAAACCUUAAUCACUGAAACUUCACUUUGAUCGGAAGUGAUGGCAGCUAUCCGUAAGAAGCUGGUGAUUGUGGGAGAUGGAGCCUGUGGGAAGACAUGUCUGCUUAUUGUGUUCAGUAAAGAUCAGUUCCCUGAGGUCUAUGUGCCCACAGUGUUUGAAAACUACAUUGCUGACAUCGAGGUGGAUGGCAAACAAGUGGAGCUGGCUCUAUGGGACACAGCUGGUCAGGAAGACUAUGACCGGUUGAGGCCAUUGUCAUAUCCAGACACAGAUGUUAUUCUCAUGUGCUUUUCUAUAGACAGUCCAGAUAGCUUGGAAAAUAUUCCAGAGAAGUGGACACCAGAAGUAAAACAUUUCUGUCCCAAUGUUCCCAUCAUCCUGGUGGGCAAUAAAAAGGACCUGCGGAACGAUGAACACACACGCAGGGAACUGAUAAAGAUGAAACAGGAACCUGUAAAACCAGAGGAGGGGCGUGACAUGGCAAACAGGAUCAGCGCUUUUGGAUAUCUGGAGUGUUCGGCUAAAACUAAAGAUGGAGUGCGGGAGGUGUUUGAAAUGGCCACCAGGGCGGCACUGCAGGUUCGCAAGCGCAAGAAGAGGGGAGGCUGUCUGCUCCUAUGAGCUGCACGCUGAAACGCACACACCUCCAUCCACCUUCCUACAACUGACACACCACCCAAGGAGAAACCUUUAUCCAGCCAUCUGCCUCCUCUUACCGUUCACCACGUUUCUCGCAAGUAGGGUGUGGAUGACAGAAAAAAUAUUUAUAGAGAACCAAGUGUGUGUCAAUACCUCUCCACCCUGCUAUUUUAUUGCUCUCUCUUUUUUCUUUUCACCAGCAUAUCUUUUUUCUUCUCUGCAAGAAAGACUGAUUGAUUAAUUUUGUAUUUGUACAUAAAUCUCUGUCUCUCUCUGUUCUGGUUUAGUUACUCUAUGCCUCUGUAUAUGAUGCUCUGUGAACUAAGUUAAAAAUGUCUUAUACAUUUGGAACAAAAAAAUAAGAAUACA